AUGGGUGCUGCUCCACAGAGGUGGUCGCACGAAGUGGCGAGCGAGCAGGACGCGGGGGAUACGAAGCCCAUGGCGACUUGGGAGUGGAGACACGGCAACCGACAGGGUAUCAUGACGGCCGAUGACGAAGCUCAUACUACGUUGCAGUCUCCAGACGUUGAGACUGCUCUACUUGAGUUCCAUAUCGCCUACCACACAAUCUACCAGAUCCCUGUGCUGUACUUCCGAGCAGUAUCAGUCGACGGAAGGCCACUGCCGCUCUACUCAAUCAUCCAGGACGUUGAAUUCCCUGGAUCCAAUGGCGCACUGAAGCGUAUGAAUGUGAAGGGCAACAAGACCGUCAGAGGUAUCGGCAAGAGCGGCGUCAUUAUGAAUAUUUACAUCAUUGAGCUCAACCGACACGUCGUGUGGGGCGGCGAUGCGAGGCUCCAACAACGCCAACACGACCAUCAACAACAUUUGGAUCGACCACGUCAAGGUUUCUCAUGUGGGUCGUCAAAUGCUCGUGUCACGAAGAAGGCUGGUGUCGCCACUAUGACUGUCAGUAACUCGGACUUUGACGGAAACACCGACUACUCGUCCACGUGCGACGGCCACCACUACUGGACCUUUCUGUUCUACGGUCGAAACACUGGCGUCAGCAUGUUUAACAACUACGUGCAUGGAACUUCCGGUCGGUCUCCUAAACUAGGUGGCAACAAGAACGAACACAUCGUGGCACACAUCGCUAACAACUACUGA